UUUCGGGCUAGGCGAAGUCGCACAAUGAAAACACCCCUAAAUUUAGUCUGCAUGACGUCGCAUAAUAACAUGUUUUGAUUACUUUACGCGCGGAAUGAUCGAUUAUUUCUUGCGCCACAAUACGCGUGUGUCUCAUAUUUUCGUUAUAACAGGCAAAAGUACACAUUAACACUUGGUGUAGAUAUUUCUAAGCUUAUCUGGAUUGUUGUGUAAAAACUUGUUUUUCUUAUCCAAUUCUUACGCCGAAAGAUAUGUGAACGAAUUUCUUUGUGAGCAUGUGUGCGUGUGUAUGUAUAUCGCUGCGUAAAGUAUUAUUGACGAUUUACUUAAUUUCGUAAUAUCAUUGAACUUGUGACGCUUGUGACCACUUGUAACCGGGCUAUCGACGGGGAGACAUUUGCAUUACUUCGGUGUUCCACGAAGCCGAAGUACCAACGGAACACAUACCGUUUAUUAGAUUAAUAUUUCCAUUAAUAUGAGUUUUGACUGGACAAGUAUUGGCGAUCAAGUGUCAUUGCUUCACCUGGAAAUGAAUUAUCCAUUGUACGAAGAAUACACCAUUGAACAGUUGAAAAUAGACCUUGAAAUUAGCCCGGGGAGGAAUCUGGUUUACGAUGUAGAAUGUGACUACAAUAGUUACGAAUGGGUCACACGGUUCAAGUAUUUACUAGAGAAGCGUCGACGGGUUUUGACCAAGAUGUUUGCGAUGGGAAAUAAUCCAAAUGGCGUAGACACGCUCAUUGAAUAUUGCGAUUACUAUAAAAAUCAAGCUGAGGAUGAUUCCCUCUCUAAGACAAAAUUCAACGUACCAUUUAUACUUGGUUUGGCAUUCAGAUUGUUGUGUAAAAAUGACGAUGCGACUGCAAAAAUGGUCAACUAUGUUUGGGCCAUACACUGCGUCGAUAUCAGGUGUUCCACUGUUGAGUUUCAUAGACAAUACAAUUCUUUCCCUCCAAAUGGUGCAGCUAUGGUUGUUAUGGCAGAUGCCGAUUUGAGUGCCGCAAUUCUUGCCUACAUCAGAUCACGUAAUUCAGCCUUUGAAAUAUCCAGAGUUCUUGUUCAAGAACCAAUUGCAGAAGAAUUAUUGAACACAGCUCAGAACUAUAGGUGUAAAAUUGAAGUGCUGUCCGAUUCAUUCGUAUUUCGCAAUGCUGCAGAAGCUUUGGAAAAUUUGCACGGCACAAAACAAUAUGAAGUAAUUUCUAUAUGGUCUGAGAAUAUCAUCGCGGCUAAAAAAUUUGCUGCAGAUUCAGGGAUUUGCACAAUUUGGAUAAACGCACAUGGAGACCUUCAUCCCGGUAUUGAAUCCCUUACAUAUUACGUAAGACCCUUCGUCGAUUGUUUUGGACAUUAUAACUUCAAAAUUGAAAAUGAAUCGCCUGUUGAUGAUACUAAACCUGCAAAGACUUUCGACCUCUUUUAUGGCGGUAAAUGGCAAACUCCUACUGAAGGGAAAUAUUGGACCAACCAUGACAAAAUCUCUUAUGCUGAAGCUACAAGAAAAGAUCUUCAGAAAUGUGUAAACGUUGCAUAUCAAGCAUUUAAAAUCUGGCGUUCAACCAAAAUAAGCAAGAGAGCACAAACUCUCAAAUGUUUUGCAAAGAGACUUGAAGCCAAUGGGGAAUCGAAAUGUGCUGAUCUGAUUAUAAAAUUGGUUGAUCUACCCAUGGUACAUGGAACUUCAUUUUCAGUAGUAAAAGACGGUGAGGCCGAAAUAUCAAACACACGAGAACCAAUUGGAGUUGUUCUUGUUGGCUCAAACGAUCAGAAUGAGCUGUUUGAAAAAUUGGUAGUAGCAUCUGUGACAGGCAAUGCUGUUAUAGUUCUGUUAAAUAGUAAGAGCAGUGUUUCAUUCGCACCGUAUUGCGAUAUGCUAGCAACUUGCGGCUUUCCCGCUGGUGUAAUUAACUGUUUAUUCACCAAUGGUACGACAAUGCUAAAUUUGAAUACCGAAUCCACUAAAAAAGUACUUGGAAAUCUUAAAGUCGAUCUGAAACUCCUGACGUGUUGUGAGAUCGACGUUCCGAAAACAUUUGGUACGAGAUAUAACAUGUACAAAAAAAUGUUCAGCUCCGUAACAAGGGCUAAAUCUGUGUGGCUGCAAUGUGGGUAAAAACCACUAAAACUUCCAUCGUAUUAUGCUUUUUACAAUGAAUCCAACAAUCCAUACGAAUCUAACAUUUGUACUCUUAAUAAAAUAAAACGGGACUCAUGUGAGGCAGA